AUGGGAAGCCACAAGAAGAGAAUCUGGGAUCUGAAACACAAGAUACCCUUUGACUUUCCCAGCAGUGAGCGACGGUUCUGGGACCGUGUGACCACAGGAGGCCCGAAGGGACAAGUUCAGAGGUGGCCAGCCCAGAGCCAGGGCUCCAGGGGCGCAACCCUUCGAGGAUGCCUGGCGCCACCCCCAGGCUUUCUGAUGUGGAAACUGAGCCUGCUUAGGGCCGCGCAGCCGGGAGGCUGCGAUGCAGCCAGCGACCCGAUUCUUCGGGGCGGGGUAGCGGAGACACGCCCGCCCGGUCCUCACUCUCGUGGGAAAGUGCGCCAGGGCAGGGGCGGCCCCGACUGGGACGGGUGGAUGCAGACAGGGAAGGUGAGGAUGACGUCAGCAACUGUGCCAAAGGCCCUAGGGAAAUUCACUGGAUCCACUCAGCCAUCAUGUUAUCACCACCAUGAUGACUCAGAGGGGGAUACUGACACCCAGAGAGAUCAGAUGCCACUCCAAAGCCACUCAGGCAGAGCUGAUACUCACACUCAGGAGAAACGGAGGCUCCCAAGGGCAGGAAAGCUGGCCCAGAAUCACAGCCUUCUAGCUGUAGGACUUCACUUCCUUCUUGGGAUUGUGAGCAGGGUCCCAGGAUGGGGAGACUGAGACGCAGAGAUGGAGAGACAAGGCGACAAGGCGGGACGGAGACCAGGGAAGGAGAUGCAGAGACGGGGGGAGACGCACAAAACCAGGAAGACCCUGCGUGCCGCCUGGACAGACCCGGGGUGCAGCGCCCAUUCCCUUGCCCCUUUAGGUCCCCCCAAGUCUUCCGCUCCGCCUCCCGUAAGUCAGUGACCGGGACUCAACCCCAGCGACAGCCCCGCCUCCAGGGAAAUCCGGGAAAGCCCCGAGCGGCCGGGGCCCCUCCUCGGGGCGGGGAGAAGGGCGGCAGGGGCGGGGUCAGGGGAGAGGCCCGCCUCCGUCCUGCCCUCCCCCGGGCCCCGCCGCCCCCAGCUCCAGCCUGCCUCUGAGUCAUGCCCCCAACCAGCCUGGCCUGUUCCCCACCCACCAACCCCGCCCGGGAUGGGAGGGGGACGCGGGGGCAGAAGGGAAGCCCGCCGGCCCCCCGUCUUCUGGACCCGGGCUUGGCCGCUGUGGCUCUGAUCUUGUGACCCUACGGCUCUAGCUGUUUCCCCGUCUCCCUCUUACUUGGCCUCUCACGACCUCUGGACCCCUUUCGCCACAUCUGUUUCUCUGGGUAUCGAGGAUUUCGGGGGCACCCACCCUGUGCCCGGAGGCUCGGGCUGGGUCAUGGGACCCCGCGAGGAGAGACGCGCUCACGGUUUUCUCUGUGCACUCCCCACCGAACAUUUCCCGCCCCCUGCCCCCCGCCCCCAGCGAAGUUCACACCCCAGACCGAGCAGGCACAUGGAGGAGGCCGAGACGGCGGCAGGGCAGGCAGAGGGAUGAUUAGCGCCCGGGCGCCCGCCGAGGGUACUCCCUGCCCUGGGUGCGUCUUCUCGCUCCCACGAAGGAGGAAACGACUCAGAGAAGGGAAGUGCCUGGUCAAGGUCACCCGGCGAGGAAGUGGGAGUCUGGAAUCGAACCCACGUCCUGGCAACCCCAAGGGCCUCAGGGAGCUGCCUCCCUAGGGCGGGGGGCGGGGGGGUCGGGGGAAGAGGAAGAGGCUGAGAAGCAGACAGCGCUCGAGGGACAGACACACGGAAAGGGAUGCCCAGAGACGAUGGAGACAGAGACAGAGAGAUAGGGAGACAUCCGACCAGACCCGCGAGUCAGUCACAGUUCCAGACUGAGAUACAGAGAGACAGACCUACAGCCAGAGAGAGACAGACACACAGACACACGGACACACAGACGGAGACGCAGCCU